AUGGCACCAACUAUCGUGCUGAUCACCGGCACCAACAGAGGCAUUGGCAGGGGCCUCCUCGAGCUCUACCUCGCCAAACCAAACCACACGAUCAUCGCCGCCAAUCGCGACCCCAAUCAUCCAACAUCCAAAGCUCUCGCCGAUUUGCCCAAGGCUGAAGGCACCUCUCUUCUCCUCAUCAAGAUCGAUGCCACCGUCCCCACUGACCCUGCCGACGCUGUAAAGGAGCUUGCAUCCCAUGGCAUCGAUCAUAUUGAUAUCCUUAUUGCUAAUGCUGGGAUUGCCUUCAUUUGGCCCAAGGUUUCUGAGGUCAAGGUCGAGGAUAUGCAAAAGCAUACCGUUACCAACACCUACGGCGUAAUCCAUCUCUACCAAGCUACUUUACCCUUGCUAAAGAAGUCCAAAAAUCCUAAAUGGGUGAGCAUAGGCUCAUCUGCCGCAUUCCUCACGGUAAUGACAUCUGUUCUGGACAUGAUUCCUAUGCAAAACGCUGCCUAUGCACCAACGAAAGUUGUCCUCCACUGGCUUACCAAGGCAAUCCACAUUGAGGAGCCUGAGCUUACCGCGUUUCCUAUUGAUCCAGGCUGGGUUCAGACAGACCUUGGCAACGACGGCGCAAAAGCUUUUGGGGUUGAAAAGGCUGCUAUUACCGUUGAAGAAAGCGCUGCGGGACUGAUCAAGGUUAUCGAUGCUGCCACAAGAGAGACUCAUGGCGGAAAGCUCUGGGUGUGGGAUGGUAGACAGGUGCCAUGGUAA